GCCAUAUUAAAUCAUCAACAUCUACUCAGGAGUCAAAAUCAUUUCCAGGAAUAAAUACGGUUUUAGUGAUGUUGUGAAAUAAAUUUAUGUUGAAUGUCAGGAUUCUUUACAUAUGAAACUCUUGUAAAUGAUGAACUUAGAUACUCAAAACCUGGGAAGGUGAGAAAUUGUGUUUUUUUCAGGGGAUUUUAAAAGCCAGAGAUUGACAAAAACAACCCCAUCAUGUUGUAAAUGUUUUUAAAUGCAAGUUUAGUUAUGGGUGUGUACAGUUGUAUAUUACUUUAGCCACUUAAAAAUUGUGAAAUCUGUUUAAUAAGGAACAUCCACAGCAUUUUGUAUGGUAUAAAGAAUGAAGAUAGCACAGUUUUAUAUUUCAUUAGAACGGUGCAAUGGUGUUUAUGAUGCUGGUGAGAAAUUAAUAGGUCAAGUUAUUGUUAAACUGAACAAACCAUUAGAUGUUAAACGUAUUUAUCUGCAUUGUGAAGGCAAAGCCAAGUCACACUGGGACGUCAAUAAAGAUGACAGCAGUAAACAUUAUAAAGCUACAGAAAAUUAUAUAAAUGAAAUUAAAAUAUUAUAUGAUAAUGGCAGUGGUGUAGCUGAAUUUCCAGCAGGUUCCUAUGUUUAUCCAUUUAUAAUAAAUUUACCCAAGUCAAUUCCCUCUUCAUUUGAAGGACGUAAGGGCUACAUACGCUACCUGUGUAAAGCAUACAUUGAUAGAAAUUGGAAGUCAGAAGAAGCAGAGCAUGUGUUUACUAUCAUUCAUCAUUUAGAUUUAAACCACAUUCCUUCUGCUAGGGAACCAUCCAUUAUACAGAAAGAAGAAUCUGUAGAAUCCUGCUGUUGUGACGAAGGUACCGUUUUUCUACAGUUAAAGCUAGAAAAAAGUGGUUUUGUGCCUGGUGAAACAAUUAACUUCACGAUUGACUGUCAUAAUAACUCUAACGUUGAUAUUGGACGAAUCUCUCUUGAUUUACUUCAGAACGUUACUUACCAAGGUUAUUCAGAUUCCUUGUUUUCUUCCGGCUCACCCAAAUAUCACACGAAAACCAUACCUUUAGGGUUGUUUGAAAGUGGUGAAGGAAUAGAAAGCCAUAAAUACACAUCUUUGAAACGCUCUGUUGGAUUACCGGCCAUGCCACCUUCAAGACUAGAAGGUUGUAGCAUUAUAACUACAGAAUAUGAACUUAGUGUAAGUACAUUAAAAGCUGAUUCAGGUUUGAUUGGUAGUAUUGGUUGUAAUAUGUUUAUUUUAAUUGGAACCGUGCCUGUCAGGAUGCCUGUAACUCAUGGACCAGUCAUACGUAGACCUGAAUCUACCGUGUUGUCUCCUGAUCAUAUUAACCCAAUUAUAAAACAUCUAGAUGCUCCUCCUUCUUAUGAAGAAUGUGUUUUAGGAAGUAAAACAGAGCAAGGGGCAAGUGGUACUUCAUAUGAACCUAUAUCAUCACCUAGCUUAGCUGGUGCAUCGCCCGUCGUUACAGUUCAACCUUCAACACAGAAUGCUGCUUUCCAUUUACAAGAUUAAGUAUUUCCUUCAACAAUAUUAAUGCAUAUAUAAUUUUCCAGUAGAAUGAUAUUUGGAAAAUCUGUUCCUUUAAGUAUUGUGACUCAGUGGGUAUGUCACUGGCUCAGUAACUAAAAGGUUCUGGGACCCUUGUACUCAUUGAUGUGCACAUAAAAGAACCCCUGACAGUUGGAAUGUGAUUAAGAGUAGAUGGAAACAGCACUAUCUAGGCAAAGUUUCCCUCAGAAAGUAUGAUAUUGUAAAUGAUUAGGAACACUAUAAUUAAGACUCAAAUUACAUAAUAAGCUCUGCAAAAUUAUACAUAUUUAAUCAUUACAAAGUGUCAACUACUGUGUCUGCCACUGUUAUAUCAGCAUGUGCCACACAUUGCCCAGUGAUGCAUGUGCUCAUUGCAAGUGUACAUGGCAGCUAUAUUAAAAUUUGAAGACUUGUAAAGUGUGCUUUUCUUGAAAUACAUCAUAAGAUAUGUUUCUGGUCACAAAUGGAUUUUCCCUAGUAGGCCAAACCAAUUUGAAAUUUGUUCUUCAGGAACAACUAUUAAAAUUAUGUUAUGUAUUCCUUCAUGGAAAACGUGCACGUUGUAUGAUAAGGCCUGUCAUUGAGUCAACUGGCGUGGUUUCGAAUCCCCAGUUGUACGUGACAAGGAGUAGGGUUGCCUGUCCAACCUCGUGGGUUUUCUCCGGGUCCUCCAGCUUCCUUCCACUGUUAAAGACCCCUAUGUGCAAGAAAUACAAUUAAUCCAUAUGUUAGUCCCGAAAUCCCGUCUUCAUUAGCCCAGGUUAGGAGUAGAACAGUAGGACGUUAAACCCCAUUUCAUUUCAUUUCAUUUCAUUUAGUCCCGAAAUGACCUAGUCUGUGUCGAGUGGAUGUUAAACCCCAUUCUCUCUCUCUCCCUUCAUGGAAAAAAUUAAUUUUAAAACAAAAAGUACUUGAUCUUCUCAAAGGCUUUUAGUUCCACAUUUAAAGUUUGAAAAUUUUAAACAAAAAAAAUAAUUCUUUAAAAAAUAGUUAACAGGACUUAAUUUGCUAUUUAUUUAUCAAUACCUCGAUGAACUAAAAAUUAAUUGAGUUUGGCUUUAUGUAUACAGGGGGAUUGGGUUGCUGAAUGGUUAACGCCUGCGCGUUGUGUGAUAAGGUUUGUCAUUGAGUCAAGUGGGGUGUUUUUGAUUCCCCGCUUGUAUGUGACAAGGAGUAGGGUCGCCUGUCCAACCUCAUGGGUUUUCUCCGAAUUCCUCCCACUGCUAUAGACCCCUAUGCACAAGCGAAUUAUUGAAAUAAAAUUAAACCAUAUGUUAGUCCAGAAAUGACCUAGUUUGUGUCAAGUUAAAGCCCAUUUCUCUCUUUCUUUGUGUAUAUAGGUUCGCAUCUCGUGACUGUUAACGACAUAAUAAUAUGUCCUUAAUUAAUAUUAAUUACAAACUCAAAAUGUGAUACCUCCAUGUUUUUGUGUCAUGUUUUAUAGAUGCUAUAUUUAGUAUAUUUAUUUCAGCAUGAAUAUUUUAUAUGUUGACUGUAUACUUGUGCAAUUGUUUAUAUUUUAUAUUUAUUGUCUAAGUAUUAUUAUGCCAAAUUACUAGUCACUAUAAUUUUUAUUUUAUUUAUCAUAUACAUAUAUAUUUACGUUUUUCACCCGACUUUCAUCAAAGAUCCUAUAUUGAUGUAAACUGUAUAAUUUAACUUUAAUUAUAAUUUAAUAUAUCUAUAUUUACGUUUUUUACCCAGCUUUCAUUAAAGAUCCUAUAUUGAUGUAAACUAUAUAAUUUAAUUUUCUUUGUUAAUUUAUGCCCCUAUAGCUUUUUGUUUUAUUGACCGAAUUUUUAGAUACUGUAGUUACAUUUUUGGAUAGCCGGAGACAUUGCUGAGCAGAUAUCAGUACAAAACCGAUAUUUAUGUUCUUCCCCAACUUUUUUUAAAGAUCCUAUAUUGAUGUAAAUUGUAUAAUUUAGUUUUGUCUAUUAAUUACAACGUAAAAAAUUUCCUUAAUUUCAUUUUUGUUUUAUUUAUCAUAUACAUUAUAUAUUUCUGUUUUCCCAGACUUUCAUUAAAGAUCGUAUAUUGAUGUAAACUGUACGAUUUAGUUUAAUUAUGAUUUAAAAGAUAUUUCAUAAUUCAGUUUAAAGUAAUCAGAAAUGUUUCAAUGAUAUGACCUAACUUUCAUCCAUCUUGGCCUUCACCCAACUAACUAACCUUAUACUAAACUUACGUUGAGAACAGACACUAAGCUAGUUGACCAACAUUUUAAUUCCUAAAUCGACGAUUUUAGUUGAAACCACACAGUAUACUGUACAAAUUUUUAGAAGUAUUUAUUUCGUUUUCAUUUAAUGAAAAAGAAAAAGGUUUAUUUACUCUGUAUGUGUAUAACAGAUGUUAAACGGAGUAGAACCGCAUUACAAAAUAGUAUAUUGAUAUUUAGAUAUGGUGGCCAUUCAGGGCAGAGAUGUAUUCUUGAAGUAGAUAGUUCUCUGUGUGCAGAAUGAACUAACCUUGAUAGUAGUCAAGCUAUACCUAUUACUGUAUGAUCGGGAUCUAACACCGUGACAACAGUUUCAUAGUAAUCCUGUAUAGUUCUUCCAGCUUCCAGUUCAAAGCCAUUCACAUCGUGAAUUUGAACGCGAUACCAACAUGAUAAAUAAAAUAGCCUUACUAUUACCAGUGAUAUGUUUGAGACCUAACACCACAACAACAGUUUCAUACCAGUCAUGUAUAGUAAUUCUGAAGCCAAUCAAAUCUCAAGUUUGGUCACGAUUCAUGAUUCCAAUACAAUAAAGGAAAUAGACUAUUUCCAACGGUAACAGAUCGAGAGAAAGGCUAAAAUGAUUUUUUUUGUUAAAACCAUUUUACAGGCAUCCAUACAUAAUCUAGUCUCUAGUCAAACUGAAUUUAUUAUUGAAAUAACAAAACUAAUAGAAUAAAUCAGGGCUCCCAUUUCAAUCAAGUGUGCCAGUCUUGACAGGGAAAUUGUAUAUGCCAUAAAAUUAGAAUUUCAAAGAAUUUGACCUUAAAACUCGAUAAAUAAAGUUAACACACUAACACUAUUUAUUGAAUAACAAUUACUGGUUUAUUGAUUUGCUAGAUAAAGAUGAGAGUAUGAUCCUCGAAACGUUGUAUAUUAAUAAACCAGUAAUUAUUAUCUAUAAAUAGUGUUAGUGUGUUACUGUUCAAUUACUAAAUGCGACUUAAAGAAAUAAAGUUAAAUUUAUAGUUUUUAUUUGUAAAAACACUUCAUAUUCAUUGGAAAAAAUAUCCUGCUAAUCCAAAGUAACAGAAAUACAUCAAAUAUUGACUGACUGGCAGAAUAUUGAAGAGAAAGCCCUAGCCCCAGUUUCACAAAGCUUCCUCGGGCCUAAGUUAAGAAUUGAAUCAACUAUGAGAAAUAUCUUUGAUCCAGAAACAUAGUUUCUUAUUGAUGUAUUUGAUACAUUAAAACAACAAAAAUUUUAUAAAGUGCUAUAUUUUGGUUAAAAUAAGGCGAACAAUUUUGAGCAAAUGCCUAACUUUAGUCUGAGAAUGUUUUGUGAAAUCAGGGCCUGAUAUAAAUUAUUGUAUAAGUUUAUGUUUCAUUUAUUAAUUUUCUGUUGUUUAUGAUAUACAAGUAGCAAUAGUUGAAGUUGUUAUUGGUGUUAUUUGUAAUAUAAACGUUUGCAUCUUUUGAUGUAUAAUAAACUUCUGUUAAAUUCAUUUUUAAUGUUUUUCUCUUUUUUUUUCUAUGAGAAAAAUAACUGUUAACAUUAUUAUUACUGAUUGGAUUAAACUUAUAAAGUUGA